UGCACCGCUCGCUGGUGAUGCGGCGGGACCGGCGGGCGGGUGCUCGGCGGGUUUCUGUGCCUAAGAGUUGGCGGUAAGCGAUCCCCGCCGCCGUAAGCCUGAACCCAGACUUUCCCAGCAAGGAAUCCAAGGCGAGAACCCCGGGUACUGCAGCCUGGGCUAGGGAGGGACUGAAGUCAGCUGGGGAGCCGCUUUCCCCUUGGGCUAUCACCCCCGAAGGAGCCAGGAGCAGAGAGGUGGCCACCGCGAGUUGCGCGGGGCGUUGAGGCAUUUGUUUCCCGUACGGUUUAUCUAGCAGACGACGAGAGGCGAUUUAUGCAACAGUAUCCUGUUUCAGCAUUGCCAAGGCUAUGCGAGAACGCAGUCAGGACAGCUUGGGAGGACUCGUGCUGUAUGUAGGACUCUUCGGGCACCCCGGGAUGCUGCACAGGGCCAAGUACAGCCGCUUUCGGAACGAGUCCAUCACGUCCUUGGACGAAGGCAGCCCAGGAGGCUCCGUCGGGAACAAGAGCUCGCAGCAGCCUCCUUACCCCGUCCUGGCUCCUCACUUGCCGGCUGAAGAUGCCACCUUGGCGUCCCAGGAGAGCCCCACCCCGCUGUGCACCUUGAUCCCGCGCAUGGCCAGCGUGAAGCUAGCCAACCCAGCCACCUUGUUGAGUCUGAAAAACUUUUGCUUGGGUACCAAAGAGGUGCCCCGGCUGAAGCUCCAGGAAAGCCAGGAUCCAGUUCCCAGCAGCCCGGCUUCUCCAGAAACCAGUCUACAUAGGGCCGGGUCGGCACCUCCGCCGCAGCAGGACGUGGUGAGGCACAGGGCAACCACUGUAACUCCUGAUGCCUGCCCCCUUCCCGGCCCUGGGGAGCCAACUCCCGGGAACAGGCAGGACAGACACUUUCUGCAGCACCUGUUGGGGAUGGGCGUGAGCUACUAUGUGAGGUACAUGGGCUGUAUUGAGGUGCUACAAUCAAUGAGGUCACUGGAUUUCGGAAUGAGAACCCAAGUUACAAGGGAAGCAAUAAGUCGCCUGUGUGAAGCUGUUCCUGGGGUAAACGGAGCCAUUAAAAAGCGUAAGCCUCCAGUUAAGUUCCUAUCAACAGUUCUUGGCAAAAGUAAUCUUCAGUUUUCGGGAAUGAAUAUAAAAUUGACCAUCUCAACAAGCAGCCUCACACUGAUGAAUCUUGACAACCAACAGAUUAUUGCAAAUCAUCAUAUGCAGUCUAUUUCAUUUGCCUCUGGAGGGGAUCCUGAUACUACAGACUAUGUUGCCUACGUAGCUAAAGAUCCAGUUAAUCAACGAGCCUGCCACAUAUUGGAAUGCCGCAACGGAAUGGCCCAAGACGUCAUAAGUACCAUAGGGCAGGCUUUUGAGCUCCGUUUUAAACAGUAUUUGAAAAAUCCUUCUUUGAAUACUUCUUGUGAAAGUGAGGUGCACACUGAUGGCCCUGCUGAAGAGAGAGGGGAUCAUGAGUAUUACAACGAAAUACCAGGAAAGCACCCACCCUUAGGUGGUGUUUCAGACGUGCGGAUCAAAGUUCAAGCCACAGAACAAAUGGCUUACUGCCCCAUACGGUGUGAAAAGUUGUGCUAUUUGCCUGGAAACUCCAAGUGCAGCAGUGUGUACGAGAACUGUUUGGAACAAAGCAGGGUGAUAGAAGCACCAGAAACUGUUCAGCCAGGUGCCAUGGCCCAGCCUGCCAGCUCACAUUCUUUGCCACACAUUAGGCAGCAGUUGCGGAGUGAAGACUGCUACCACGGCAAGCUGAGCAGGAAGGCAGCAGAGAGCCUCUUAGUCAAAGACGGGGACUUUUUGGUUCGAGAGAGCGCAACAUCUCCUGGCCAGUAUGUACUGAGCGGACUACAGGGAGGCCAGGCAAAACACCUUCUCCUGGUAGAUCCGGAAGGCAAGGUGAGGACCAAGGAUCAUAUAUUUGAUAAUGUCGGCCACCUUAUCAGAUACCACAUGGAUAAUAGUUUGCCAAUCAUCUCUUCUGGAAGCGAAGUAAGCCUUAAACAACCAGUAAGAAAAGAUAAUAAUCCAGGACUUUUGCAUUCAAACAAAUGAUAGUAGGGAAAUACCAUCACACUGAUACUUCAAGGAACUCCAUUUUGUGUUAGGACACAAAGAUAAUUGAAACUUGGUUUCUAGAUAAAAUAGAACACAAACUGUGAAGUGCAUCUUUCUGAGACCAUCAUGAAUUGGAUCCUUUAUAAAACAAAGAACUAACAAAAAUUGAUCAUCAGAAAGUGAAAAAUCAGAAAAAGGAGAAGAGGAUUGGUCCCUUUGAAAAGGAAUUAUACAUAUGCACGGAUGUCACUUUUUAAGGCCAUAUUGCAUUGAUAACAAGCUAAAAGCACAAUUAAAAUUUCACAUGCUAAAGAUAACUUGAAUGAACUGCUGGGGCAGUGGUAUGUGCCUUUCAACUUGAUAAUUUGGGGACAUUUUCAUAUUGGGGAGAUUAGUUCUAAGUGUCUUCAUAUUCUAUAACUACAGAACCAUUUGCCAAAAAAAAAAGUUGUUACAAAAAUAAGAAUCAAUUUGCUUGAUGGAUAUUGACUUUAUUAUAUUUUCUGUUUAGUAGCACUUUCACUGCAAUAUUAAAAUAAAUCUGACAUUGAAUUCGGACUGUGUCUAUGCCAGUGGAAUCAAAUCAAAAGCCACUAAAAGCGUUGAUCUGCUCCAUUGGCUUGUCCCAUUUGCUGGUUAAAAGGUUGGGGCCAAAUUAUUUGGCCUAGUAUUUCUCAAUUUUUGCUGUUUGAACUGUUUGUAUGCAGCAUGUGACAAGCCGAAGAGACCAACUCUAUCAGUCAUUUCUGAUAUCAUAUGUCUCCCUCCUCCCAUCCCCCACCAAAAAAAGCUCAUGAGCACAUGGAUUUAAAAGACGGCAACCGAACCAGUGUUCUUCAUAUUCAAUAUCCAAGUUGGUCCUGUUACUAUUUAAAAUACUGGAUUUAUUUGAAAGGGCAGAUAUCCUCUUAAUUGGCUGUGACUGAAUGAGAGUCCCUCACCUACGUGUAUCCAUAGCACCUUUUCUAGAUGUGACCGGACAAAAUGCAGAAGGGAGUAAACAUAGUAAAAAAAUCAGUUGGAAAGUUUUGCCACAUGCAGGCGCACUGGUACACAGGUGGUGUAAUUAAGCGUUUUGUAGGGAAGAGUGCUGGACCGGCUGUGAUCACUGUGACCAUGAGCAAAUUACUGAACCUGUCUGGACUCCAAUGUCCAUGUCUAUAAAAGGAGAGAGCUGGGCGAGAUGAAUUCAAAGGUCCGUUUCAGCCCUCACAUAAUAUAGGUCUAUAAAAGCAAGUUUUCUAUUUAUUAUGGAUCAGUGUUGAUAACCAGUCCAUAUAGUGAAGGUGAAACUCCAGUGUUUUGUUUUAGUCUGUGUUUGUACUCAGCAUGAAUUGCACAACUGAGGUCAACAUGCAAAAGGCAGAGACCCCAAGCCUUUCAGGCAAAAACAUUGAAACUUUGGAAUAAAAUGAGUGAAUAUGGUAGAAGGAUUUGGUUGUUUUAAGUAGCAAAAAACUGCAUCAGUCCUUUACUUGCCCUUGCAUAUAGAGAUACGGCCCUUAUUUUAGAGUGUUUUUUAUCCUGCCUUAACUCCACUUCAUUUUGGCUGUAUAGAUGCAAUAUUUGUAAUUGUGAUAUAUUUGCUAAGUUUUAAAUAAAAUACGGGAAACUUCUUUUGGAUAGAAAUCAUCAGAAACCAAGCACACUGAACUCUUAAUAUUUUUAUGUAAAGGUUUAUGAUUUUUAUUUUACUGCUACUGCUAUUAAUUUCUCACACAGGUUUGUUUCCUUUUAUACAACUAGGAUAUAAUGUAUUUUUCAUCAGUUUUGCAUACACCGUAGUUCUUGAUUAUCUCUUCAUAAAGAACAAGAGGGAUAUAGAUCAUAGAAACUGAUGGGUGUUCUAAUCACCUUCCUCAGAGAAAGGCUGUGGUCUCAGUCUGGCUGAGCAGUGUUCGCUGCUCAGAAGGAAAGAAUUUCUGAUACAAAUAGAUGCAGAGAGUAACUGAUGGGAGCAGGACGCAUGGAUAAUCAGUAUUUCAGCUGUAAUGGAUAGUAGCUGGAUGAGCAAAUACUGCACUUAACGAGUACUGCAGACACAGUUAAAAGAAAAUAAAACAACAAAGGAAAUGUUUGAUUGCAUGUGUUAAAGUGGAAAUCCAUCUGCCUAUAAAUACCUGUAAAUGACUUUUCAAAAAAAAAUGAUUAUUGCUUUGUGACAAUUGACAGUACAUAUCUGAUGUUUGGGAUUUAGAAAAUUUGUUAUUUGUAGGCUGUGUCAUGCAGUACUGACAGGAAACAGAUGGCUGGCUUACAUUGGGUAAUUUGAGGAGAAGUUAAUACAGGGACUCUUGUUUUACAAAGGUGUGGGAGAAUCUGGGAAGCCACAGGGGAGGGUGCAGUGCCCUAGGGCCAGUGAAGGGGUGGAGGGGUAGUAACAGAAGGAGUGGGAGCUGUGUGGAAGGGCUGCCUUUUAGGAGCUGUGGCCUAUAGUGGGGGGACUCAACCAGUCCUGUGAGUCAAAGAGUUGGAGGCUGGGGCAUUUUACUCAGUCGACACAGGAUAGUCUUUUCAACAGAUGGUGCUGGAGCUAUUGGACACCUGUAGGCAAAAGAAUGAACCUCACACUGUACAUAAACAUUAACUGAACUUGAUGGUGGACUUAAAUGUAAAAUGUUAAACUAUGAAACUUUUAUGAAAGAGAAACAUAGGGGCCAUUCUUCAGGACAUGGGGCUAGGCAAAGAGUUCUUAGACUUGACAUGAUCCAUUAAAGGAAAAACUGGUACAUUGUAUUUCAUCGAAAUGACAAAUGUUUGCUCAAGAGGAUGAAGGACAAGUGAUAGACUGGGAGGAAAUAUUUGCAAACCACAUGUCUGAAAAAGGGCUAAUAUCUGGAAUACAUACAACACUCUUAAAACUCAACAGUGAAAAAGUCUAAUUAGAAAAUGGGCAAAAAAACAUGAACAGACAUUUUACUGAAGAUGUAGAGGUGGCAGAUAAGUACAUAAAAAUAUGUUCACCAUCAUUGGCCAGUAGGGUAAUGCAAAUUAAAUUCACAAGGAGAUAUUACUGUGUACCUAUCAGAAUGGGUAAAAUAAAAAAUAGCAACAAUACUAAAUGCUGGCUAGGAUGAGGAGAACGUGGAUCACACAUUCCUGGUGUGGAUGAAAAAUAGUAUAGCUACUCUGAAAAGCGAUUUGGUAGUUUACUAAAAAACUAGACAUGCAGCUAACAUUCAACCCAGUAGUUGUACUCCCAGGCAUCGAUCACAGUGAAAUGAAAACUUAUGUUCACACAAAAACUUGUAAAGGAAUGUUCAUAGUAGCUUUGUUUAUAAGUACCUACAACUGGAAACAAACUGUGGUACAUCUAUACCAUGGAAUAGUACUCAGCAAUAAAAAGGAAUGAGAUACUGAUACAAAAACUUGGAUGAAUCUCCAGAGGAUUAUGCAUAGCAAAAAAGCUAAUCUCAAAAGUUUAUACACUAUCGAACUACAUUUAUAUAACAUUCUUGAAAUGAUAAAAUUAUGGAAACGGAGAACAGAGUAGGGUUAAGGAGAACAGAUUAGGGGUUAAGUAGGAAGGAGGGAAGGACAUAGUUAUAAAAGGGCAACAUGAGGGAUCCUUUUGUGAUGGAAUUGUUCUGAAUCUUGACGGUAUUGAUGUGGAUAUCCUUGUUGUGAUGUUGUACCAUAGUUUUGCAAGAUGUUAUUAUUGGUAGAAACUGGGUAAAGCUUACAGGAGAUCGCCCUAUAUUAUUUCUUGCAACAUCAUGUGAAUCUGCAGUUUUCUCAGAAUAAAAAGUUUACUUAAAAAAAAAUGUUGGAGGUGAAACAGAUAUGUCAAAAGAUUUUAGGAAGCUGGCUACUUUUUAACUCUUGGCAGUUUCCCUGAAUAUACUAAAUCCACAGAACAUGAUGGUAGGGUCAUCUUGGUGCUCCUGAUUCCAUUAUGCUGGGACUAGGAGGGGAUGAGCUGCAUGAGACCUCGCUCAUGAAGGCCUCAAAUGGAAAUGCAUAAUAUCAUCUCCAGAGAAAUGCUGAUAAGAUCAAAGGAUGGCAAAAGCAUAUGUCGUCGGAGACACUGUCAGCUCCCCCAGGCCCCACUGGAUCCCUGGAACCGUAUCUGUAUGCCCCUCCUCUGGCCUCUGUAUGUUUUGCCCCUAACUGCCUGCACGGUGACUCUGUUCAUUCUGAGGACAGCCUCAGGCUAGGGGAGCUGCUUUGAGUCAGAGGCACCUGUAGGUUUCCUUUCUCUAUCCCCUGCCACCAUCACUGUUGCAGGAGUGGGAAAGCCCAGCUCCCUUGCCCC